AGUCCACGCCGUUGCAGUGCCGGUAAACUUGAAUUGACACCCCACCAUGUCGUAGAACGUUUGAAGCUCCUUGUGCUGUGUGUUAUUCUCAGAAAUGAUGCAUCUGAAGAAGCUUCAAAGCAAGACCCUCGUGUUUGUUUUCUCUUCCACCAGAACCUCGUACCGUCCUCCCUACUCUAUCAACGACCACCCUUUGAUUCCCAUCAGAAGAUUCUCUUCCCACCUUCAUAAGGAUUCGAUUUUGAUCCCACCCAUGAAGACCCAUCUCUAUGCUUCGUUCUUUUGCACCCUCAUUCGCCUCUACUUGGCAUGUGGCAGGUUCUGCAUUGCCUCUCAUGCUUUCUUCCGCAUGCGUGCCCUUGGUCUUGUUCCCUCUUUGCCUUUGUGGAACGAUAUUUUGUAUGAAUUCAAUGCCUCUGGUUUGGUUUCUCAGGUAAAAGUGUUGUAUUCCGAGAUGCUUUUUUGUGGGGUUGUGCCUAAUGUUUGUAGUGUUAAUGUAUUUGUUCAUUCGUUAUGCAAAAUGGGGGAAUUGGAUUUGGCUUUAGGGUAUCUCAGGAACAAUGUUUUUGAUACUGUUACCUAUAAUACUGUUAUUUGGGGAUUUUGUAAGCAUGGAUUGACUAAUCAAGGUUUUGGGUUAUUGUCUGAAAUGGUUAAAAGUGGUGUCAAGCCUGAUAUUGUUACUUAUAACACUUUGCUCGAUGCUUUGUGUAAAACGGGUGAUCUUGCUAGGGCGGAGUCACUUAUCAACGAUUUGCAGCCAACACUUAUUACGUACACGACAUUAAUUACUGCAUAUUGUAAGCAUCGUGGAAUCGAAGAAUCCCUUUCUCUGUAUGAGCAAAUGAUUAUGAGCGGAAUUAUGCCUGAUGUGGUUACUUGUAGUUCUAUUCUUUACGGACUUUGCAGGCAUGGUAAAUUAACUGAAGCAGCACUUCUGCUAAGAGAAAUGUAUAAAAUGGGUUCAGAUCCUAAUCACGUCUCAUACACUACGUUUAUUAAUUCAUUAUUAAAAUCAGGGAGGGUAAUGGAAGCUCUUAAUCUUCAAAGCCAAAUGGUUGUUCGGGGUAUUUCUUUUGAUCUGGUUUUGUGUACAACUAUGAUGGAUGGACUUUUCAAAGUUGGGAAAUCUAAAGAGGCUGAGGAAAUGUUCCAAAGUAUUUUAAAGCUCAAUCUUGUCCCAAACUGUGUCACAUAUUCGGCAUUGCUUGAUGGUUAUUGUAAGUUAGGAGGCAUGGAAUUUGCAGAGUCAGUGUUGCAAAAAAUGGAGAAGAAACAUGUUCUUCCGAAUAUUAUUACUUUUUCUUCUAUUAUAAAUGGAUAUGCCAAAAAAGGAAUGCUCGGCAAAGCAGUUGAUGUGUUAAGGAAGAUGGCCCAAAGGAAUAUUAUGCCAAAUGCUUUUAUUUAUGCUAUUUUAAUGGAUGGCUAUUUUAGGGCAGGUCAACAAGAAGCUGCUGCUGGUUUCUAUAAGGAAAUGAAAUCAUGGGGAUUGAAGGAAAACAAUAUCAUAUUUGAUAUCUUAUUGAACAACUUGAAAAGAGCUGGAAGGAUGGUGGAAGCUCAGUCAUUAAUUGAAGAUUUUCAUUCCAAGGGUAUUUAUCCAGAUAUUUUUAACUACACUUCUCUAACAGAUGGCUACUUCAAAGAAGGAAACGAAUCAGCUGCUCUUUCCGUAGUACAGGAAAUGAUGGAGAAAAACAUGCAGUUUGAUGUUGUUGCUUACAAUGCUAUGACUACAGGGCUUUUGAGGCUGGGGAAAUAUGAACCACAGUCUGUGUUUUCAAGAAUGCUAGAUUUGGGUUUGACUCCAGAUUGUGUUACAUAUAACUCUGUAAUUAACACAUACUGCAUACAAGGUAAUACACAAAAUGCUUUGGAUCUAUUGAAUGAGAUGAAGAGCUAUGGGGUAAUGCCAAAUGUUGUUACGUAUAACAUUCUGAUUGGUGGGCUUUGUAAAUCUGGUGCAACCGAAAAAGCAAUGGAUGUUUUGAAUGAAAUGUUGGUUAAGGGGUUUGUACCUAUGCCAAUUACUCACAAGUUUCUGCUUAAAGCAUAUUCAAGGAGUCGAAAAGCAGAUGCAAUUUUGCAAAUUCACAAGCAGCUUGUGGCUAUGGGCCUCAAGCUCGACCAGACAGUAUACAAUACUCUAAUCACUGUGUUAUGCCGGUUAGGGAUGACCAAAAAAGCAAAUGUGGUGCUUAAUGAAAUGGUGACAAAAGGAAUUUCAGCUGAUGUUGUUACUUAUAAUGCCCUUAUUCGUGGUUACUGUACAGGAAGUCAUUUGGAGAAGGCUUUUAAUACUUAUUCACAGAUGAUGGUGGAUGGAAUAUCUCCAAACAUUACAACUUACAAUACCCUUUUAGGAUGUCUUUCAACUGCUGGUUUGAUGAGAAAGGCAGAUAAAUUAGUUAGUGAGAUGAAGCAAAAAGGACUUUUCCCAAAUGCCACUACUUAUAACAUAUUGGUUUCUGGCCAUGGUAGGGUUGGAAAUAAACAGGAUUCAAUAAAACUUUAUUGCGAAAUGAUAACUAAAGGUUUUGCUCCCACCACCGGAACCUACAAUGUACUUAUUCAUGAUUAUGCCAAAGCAGCAAAGAUGCGCCAAGCUAGAGAACUUUUGAAUGAGAUGUUGACAAGAGGAAGAAUCCCUAAUUCUUCAACAUAUGACAUUCUAAUCUGUGGAUGGUGCAAACUAUACUAUCAGCCAGAGAUUGAUAGGGCACUUAAACUGUCAUAUCGAAUUGAGGCGAAAAAAUUACUGAGAGAAAUGUGUGAAAAAGGACAUGUGCCAUCUGAGAACACUCUCUUAUAUAUCAGUUCAAAUUUUUCCAUACCAGGAAAAAAUGCUGAUGCCAAAAGGUUGUUGAAGGUAUUUGCCCAGAAGAAUGUGUGACAAAUGGUCUAUGGACAGAUAAUGAGAUAAUGUGAAAAUGAUGCUAUGAUCAAUCCUAAAUGAAGUGGGUCUUAAAUGUCCUAAAGAGUCAAUUGUGAUGAGGAAUUCCCUUGUCUUUUUUAUUUGGCAUUGAAGGCGAUGGUGUUCUAAGUUUAGAAAUAGCUUGAGCAUUGACAAUCCAUAUCUUUAUUUGCAUCAUAAUAUCACUGUAUUAUGUUGUUAAAUUUUCUAUGAUUGCACAUGGUAAUCUAGGAUGAAGAACAUAUAAUAACAAAUCCAUUACAAUCAUUCACGGAUUGGAACUCAUGAAAAAUUAAGGGUGACAUGGAUCAGCAAUGAAUUUUUGGUGUGAUGGCAGUGGUCUACUGCUACCAAGAUGGCGAGAAUAUAUUGAAGCAGCGGACUAAAUAUGAUCAAGUUAUUGACAGUGACAAAGUGACAAGAGUCCAUUCUGAGAUUGUUCCAGCAUUCUCAGACAGUCAUCAGGCUAUAUAAGACCAAUUUGUUGAUGAUGUUACUGACAAAGUGCACAAUGCUGCUGUGCCCCAAUUUUCAGGUAUAUAAUUUUAUCUAAUUAUUAAAUUGUCAUAUUGUAUCGACUGGGACACAUUGGGAAUUAUUUACCUUCUCCUAAGAGUUAAUACCCUACAUUGAUUUGAUGCUGGUUUCCCUCUAAUAAUAUUACCAGUUAUUUCUUUUUCUAGCAAUGAAUUUCAGAUAUAUAAUUUUAUCUAAUUAUUCAAUUGUCUAUGCCUUUUUGUAUAAGCCUUUGUUUCUACUUUUGUUGUUUCACUUCACAUACUUGUGGUGCUUCUUGAGUAUUUGAAUUUUAGUAGGUCUAAAGAAGUGCUGCAUUUUUUAAAGUGAAAAGUUUUUUUCCUCUAUAUUACUUGCAGUAAAAACUUAUGGCAGUUUUUAAAAAUAGGUGGCCCUCAUGUUUCAUUGACUGUGUAAAACAUUUUUCUUUGUUUAGUGGAUAAAAAAUAACUCCUUAUAAAAACAGCGGUGUAUCGAUUUUUUUUCAUUUGUGCAAUUUCAUAACCCAUGUCGUUAUAUUCCUCUCAACUCCAAAAGGAGGGUACAAACGGUUUCUUCUAGUAACCAAACAGAUUCAUUGCUUUUCAUACCAUAGCUUUUGUUUUUGCUUUUGAUGAUCCCUUCCUCUCUCUCUCAUUCAAGAAAUUGGAAAAAUAAUUUGAGCUGCAGGAUUAUCUGGAGCAUGGCCGUGAGUUGUACAAUGACCAAUUAAGUUCAUGCUUGGUAGUUCACUCUAUCUUAUUUGUAACAAAGUCCAAAGCCGAGUAGAGUUUCCUCUUCUGUAUCAGAUUAAGAUCCUCACAAAAGUAGGGUGAGAUACCCCUUAACCAGAAUUUGGAAGAUAUUCACAUCUUAGGCCCACUAUGCAGUGUAAUGCUUAGAAUUGGAUCAUAAAGUUGAAAUUGGAGAGCCUAAUAUGUUGUACUUGUUUAUUUUGUGGCUGAUGGCAAAUGUUGGCGGCUGCAUAUUUAGAUAACCUAUUAAAUGUAACAUCAAUUCUACCCUUCUGAUUGUGGUUACAAUUUUACAAUACAUUCUUUUGAUCAAUACAUGUCCUAACAAUGUUCACAAUACACUAAACUAAGCAGCAUUGUUUUAUCCAAUUGAUGAUCCUAUCAACCCAAAUCCCUUGGAAGACACAGUAGUAGCAGAAUAUGG